AUCUGGCUGAUGCAUUCACAAAUAAAGGGCGACUGUGUAAAUAAAUACAUUCAAAACUAAUAUCUUACAUAUUUAUAAAGUAGUUUAAUGGUUCUGCUCCAUGGAUGCACAAGGUCCUAAACGCACGAAGACGAUGCCAUCGCGUAAAUCACGUUAUUUCCCACCGCCCGUGAACGCAGCAGCAGAUGCGGCUCUUGUUUGUUCGCAGGAGGGCGUUCCUCCUCCGGAGCCGCGCGCACACGCACACGCACGGAGUGCACAACAACAGCGGCGUGCUUUCCUCCGCAUGUUGACGCCGUGGGAGCUUUGUCUUCUCGUCACCCGCUUCGGAAGAGUUUGAUCCGCCGGGGUCUUCCUUCAUGGUGCCCCUCCCUCGGUGGGAUCACUGCCGGGGGGGCAGAGGAGGAGGAGGAGCAGGAGGAGGAGGAGGAGGGGACUCAGCAGACAUGGAGGCUAACCGUCUUUGCGCAGGGACGGUACCGUAGAACCGGAGGCUUUCGUUGCGUUUUUUUUUUUCCACCACCGACCCGCCUCCCGGUAAGGAGCAACGGGAGCACCGGUUACCGGGUCCCGGUACCGAGCUGGUUCCGCUUCCGGCUGCACGCGUCGUCCUCCAAACGUCCCGCUAAUGUCUCCGUGUUGUUUUUAAUUGACACGGACGCGCGGGUGAUGGUCACCUGCCGGAGAGCGAGGUGGAAAACACCAACACGCUCCCGCGUCGCUCACUUUCACCACGUUUUUGUUCGGCUCCCUGAACGCCUCUCGUCGGUGGCCUUCAACGUGACGACGCGCGCACACAACACAACAAACGUGCGCGCGAAACACACGCUGCUCGUUUAAAACGUGGUCAUUGUUUACGUAAUGCAGAAUGGACCCGGCACACUGCGGGGGGGACAUGUCGCCUCUGUACGUGCCGAGGAAGCGCAAAUCGUCCCAGUCCCACCCCAAAGGGGCAGCGCCGUGUCCAGCCGUGCAGCGAUUGGCGGACAGAAGCUGCGCCUUGAACCCGGCCGGAUUUCCUCAGGACGACGAGUGCGAAGCCCCCGACGCCCUGAAGACCAGGAGAUCCUACGGAAGGAAGAGGUAUGAGGACCUCCAGAGUGUUUCCAUGGGAACAAUAGAUUACCCGACCACCAGCUGCUCAGUGAUGUCAUCGGGCGGCCUGGCCAAUGGGGCGGACCCCGGGUCCAUGGCUCCGCCCUCUGCAGGGCUGCCUCAGGGCCCCGAGGCCGGCAGGGCGGCCCCCCAACCUCAGCACCCCGGCUGGAACCCCAGCAGGGCCCGGGCCCCCGACGCCUGGGCCCCGGGGCGGGACCGACCGCAGGAGCAGGUCUGGACCGCCGGCAGGGACCGAGCGCCGCACGCCGGGCAAGAACAGACGUGGGUCCCGGGCGGGGACGGCGGGCCCGACCAGGCCUGGAUGACGGGCCGGGACCGGUGCCCCGAGCAAGGCUGGGCGGCCGACAGGGACCGGGGCCAGGGCCAGGUCUGGAUCGAGGGCAGGGACCCCGGGCCGGAGGGGCCCUCCCAGGGGCCGGAGCAGGCGUGGGGGAGCGGCCGCAGCCAAGACCAAGGGUGGGGCGGCGCCGCCAGAGACCGGGGGCCCGUCUGGAGACCCGACUUGAACAUGAAGAAAGUCCAAAGAGUGGAGACGGAGCGAGACCCCCCCGUUGGAAUCUUCUCCCGGCCCCCAGACGGCCGAGACCCGAAUUCGGAUGGUGCCGGUGAGGCAGCCCCCCCCAGCGAGGACCAGAAACCCCCUCUCAUCUCCACCAAGAAGGAGCCCCCCACGUACCCCCCAGGAAGUCAAGAGGAGCAAUGGCAGCUGCAGAUUGUGGCCAAAGGCCGAGUCACCUGCCCGAAAUGUAAGAGCGUGAGCAGGAAGACCGUGGAGGGGCUGAAGAAGCACAUGGAGAACUGCCGACUGCUGCCCUUCACGUGUCCGCACUGUGGGAAGCAGCUGAAGUCCUCCACGGGGAUGAAGUACCACGUCAUGGCGGACCACAGCCACCUGCCCUCGGCAGAAGAUGCCAAGGACCUGGACGACCGGGCCAUCAAAGACAAACUGCGUAAAAUCCUCAAGAGGCUCGGCAAGUUAAAAUGCUCCAAAGAGGGCUGUCACGCCGCCUUCACCAGCAUCAUGGGCUACGUGUACCACAUGAAGAAGUGCGGGAAGGAGGAGUCCGAGCUGGAGAAGAUGCUGCUCAACUGCUCCCACUGCGGGAAGGCCUACAGGUCCAAAGCCGGGCUGGAGUACCACCUGAAGUCCGAGCACGCGCCCACGCCCCAGAGGAGCGAGGAAGACGAGGCCCAGAAGGGCCUCGGGGAGGCGGACCCCGAGAGGACGGCCAGCGGGCGCGUGCAGCGGGCCUCGGCCCAGGUGGCCAACUUCCACCUGGCCGAGAUCGCCAACAACGACCUGCCCAAGGACUGGCCCAAGAGGAAGUUCCAGUCGGACCUGGUGCCCGACGACAAGAAGCUGAAGUACGCCCGGCCGGGCCUGCCGGCCUUCAGUCAGGAGGUUCUGAGGAAGUGGAAGAACGAGGUGAAGCUGCAGAGGAAGGUCCACUGCCCCAACCAGGGUUGUUGCUCCACCUACACCAGCGUGUCUGGACUGAAGGCUCAUCUGGGACUCUGCUCCAGGGGCGACUUCCAGGCUGGAAAAUACCGAUGUCUGAUCUGCAAUAAGGAGUUUAACUCUGAAAGUGGAGUGAAGUACCACAUCAACUCCGUCCACUCACAGGACUGGUUUGUGACCAACAAGAAGGCCUCCAAGAAGUUUGAGAAGUUCCUCAAAAACCAGCCCAAGGAGGCGGUCCAUAACGUGGACAGACAGGUGGUGGAUCACUACCAGCACCACCAGCACCACCACCAUCAUCCCCACCAUCACCACCUCCAGCAGCACCACCACCACCACCAGCAGCUGGAGCACCCGCCCAUGCAGCACCCUCUGCAGCCGCUGCAUCACCUGCAGCUCCUCCACCCGCAGCACCACGGCCUCGACCCCCAGCUGCACCAGCGGGUGCUCCACUUCACCCCCGUGGAGAAUCCGCCCUGGCCCAUGUGGGUGGAUGCGGGGCCGGGCCUGGAGCAGGCCCCCAUCGAGACGGACGCGGCGGAGGUCAGAGAACCCGGAGAGGGAGACGUCGUGACGGAGGAAGGGAGGAGGGGCGAAAGGGGGGCGGGGGGGGAGGCCGACGGGAGGCGGAGCGACUGCUUCGCCUUCGGCGGCGUCUCGUCCGGCCAAGCGGAGGAGGAGGAGGAGGAGGAGCACCAGCGGCGGCGGGUCGACCAGUGGAGCUCGAGGGGUCCGGGCGCCGCGGAGGCCCCGCCCCCCCGGGGCUGGGGAGGCUCAAGGGAACACUUGAAGGGAAAAAAUUGAGCUGGUUUCGAAAAAGACGGAGCUGCAAUUUAAGACUUUGAACGGAAACCUCACACACACACACACACACUCUUCUGUGCUGGUCCUCGUGAGGCCUUGAGCAGGACACAGUGCAGCGUUUUGUCCUCAGAACGUGUCUUAUUCUUUAGAGAAAUGUCCCUUUUUUUUACACUCGUGUCUCUGAGCAUAUUUUGUGCCUCUGGAGGAGGAUCUGAACGCCUUCUCACUGCGGACUCUCCUCUUCUCCUGGGGAGGUCUCAUCUCAUCCUGCAACAUUUUGAGGUUUUUACUAAAUCAUGUUGAAUAUACAACGUAGCUUCAUAUCUUUUGCGUUAAAUGAACGGUUAAAACUUUGUGAGGAACAUCUUGUUGAGUCGAUUCGUCCACCCGGUGACCAGAUGGACUCCUUCCAUUCAGCACUUUUCUAUUCUAAACCUUGGUAACUAGAAGUUACAGGAUGUACCUCCACCUAAAACGUGUUUUAGUCCGUGUUGUUUUGGGCUUUGUGAUGAAGGAACGUUUUUCUGUUCAUAUGUUUUUUUUCUGGUGGACUUCCAGCAUGUUGAUGUGCUCUGUAUCUACUCAAGUGAAGUCUGGUUAAGGCCUUCAGUCAUUUGUUUGUGACGUUUUAACACUUUGUUUUAUUUGGGUUUUUAUGAAUGUAUUUCUUUUUUCCUUCUGUGGUGCACUUAAAAAAACAAACACUUCAUCUUUUUUUUAACCUCCAUGUCCCUCAUCGGCCUUUAUGGAAGAGUUUGAAGUAGAGAACGUGGGGAGUAUUUCAGAAGUUACUGUGGGGUUCUGAACCCGUCCCAGUGGAGUCCUGAUCCUCUUCAGACCUCCAUCGCAGGAACUCAGAACUCAACAUUUAAAGGUUUUAUCUGAUUUAUUAUAGAAGAAAUGAACCAGGGCGCCUUUUUGCUUUUAUUGAAACACUUCCCACGUGCACUUGUGCUUGUGACCAAACCUGUUCCAGCGUGCAGGCCCUCUGUUACCAUGGCAACGGCCCUUUCCUCAGAGUCCAUGUUUUCCUUUGCACCUUUUGUCCCCCUGCUGCUCUACUUCUUGGUCUAGAUACACGUUCUUUAGUCCAAACAUUAAGUGUGUGAUUUAGAGCCCACGUGGGGCAGAUGUCCCCUUUUUGUCCCCCUUUUGUCCCCUUUUUGUCCCCUUCUGUUUGAACCACACUCCAACCUUAUUAACUUGAAUUCUAGAGUAUAGUGAAAAACAUUCCCACAUAUCGGGGGGCUGAGUUUUGACGGUAGUGUUUUCGACUGCAGUCAUUCGAUGAGAAUUCAAAAUAAUGUUGUGAUGUCAUCAUACUCAUCACCACCAUCCAGAGAGUAGAUUUAAUCUAGACCAGAUUUAAAUAAACAAAUAAUGCACUUAUUCUUUUUUUCUUUCAUUGUGAGGGACAUACUUUAUAUUUAAAGUAAUUAUGAUCUCAGCAGAAUUUGUUAUGAAUCUGUACGUUGAAUGUUAGUAAUUGUUUUUUGUUGUUAUAACCACGAAGAUGAUUAAAAUUAAUUCCUGUUUA